ACACACAAACACACACACAUUCAUAAAGUGAGGCAUCACUGUAGCUCUCAGGUGGAGUAGAAUUUAAAUUAGCUCUUUCUGUGAGUCUGUCUCUCUCUUUCCCCUGUCACAAAUCAAUCAGGUAGAACGAGAGAGGUCGGCUUCAGCUUUUUUUUUGGGAUGUGACGACCAGCUCUGCAGCUGAAGUCUAAGUUCUUAGCCGGGAUACUUAACCUGAUUCAUGCAUGUGUCUGUAGGAGCGUGCAUACGAGCUCUGGAACGGGUCUUAUUCUUUGUUUCCAUGCCGACCCUCAGGAUGGUGUGAGUGUGUUGUCUUCGGUGGGCUGAAGGCAGCGAGGUAUCCCGCAGUCCUGAGCACUGCUAGCAUGCCUGUGCAUCAGAUAUCCGUUGUGCCCAUCGCCAAGGAGACUACCAAUAGUUCCAGCCGGAAUAGAGACAAGAGUAAAGAGAAUGAGGGUGAGAAGGCACCUAGACGAUCAGGGAGUCGAUCCAGCAAUAUAUCUAAGGCGAGCAGUUCCACCCCAGGAGCCGUGCUGAACAGUGUCUCUCAAACAUCAGUUACACCGUCCUCACAGGACAUAUGCAGCUCUAGUGGUCGAGCUAAACUUGAAGUAGAUGGCUCAGAUCAGACUACACCCAUCAUGCCCAUAAACCCCGCCUCCGACUCCGCCCCCAACGCAAAGCGGCAAGUCAAACGCCGUAUCCGCCGGCGACGGGAGAGCACCGGGAACGUUGGGUGUACAACAGAGUGUGUGGAUCAACCGAGACAUUCACGGUUGCGUAAGCAAACACACACACACUCUGACUCCUCCUCAGAGGACGAGCAACGCUGCCGAGAAGCUCGCUCCUGGAGCCACCAGAAAGCACGACGGAGAUGCAGCGGCGGCCAACACAUGCAACCACGUUCCCGUGAGAAACGGGACACCACUAAGCUCAUGUCUGUAAACUCAGACGAGGAACAGAAAGAGAACCAGCCACCACUGUGCAAGGGCCCCAACACCAGGGCCCAUAAAAAGAUGUCAAAACGGGAGGAGCGUAGAGGCCAAAACCAGGCAGCCAAUCACAGAAAAGGGAAUGAGCUUGGUAAUAAUAGGACCGCCAAUGAAGAGGAAGAGCCUAUUACAAAGACGUAUGAGGAAAGAGGUUCAGGAGAUCCAAAUAUGUCUGUCCCGUCCCCUUGUAAAUGCACUAUUCCUAUCAAUCAAAAUGGUGCCACGCAACAAGCAUGCACUGAUGAUGAGCUAGAGGUGUGCAGGAUCUGUCACUGUGAAGGUGACGAGGAGUGUCCGCUCAUCACCCCUUGCCAUUGCACAGGAAGUUUGCGUUUUGUGCACCAGGGCUGCCUGCACCAGUGGAUCAGGAGCUCCGACACACGCUGCUGUGAGCUGUGCAAAUAUGACUUCAUCAUGGAGACACACCUCAAGCCUUUGCGCAAGUGGGAAAAACUACAGAUGUCUACAAGCGAGCGGCGGAAGAUCUUCUGUUCUGUGACUUUUCACCUGGCUGCUGUGGUGUGUGUCAUCUGGUCACUCUACGUUCUGAUUGACCGCACAGCUGAAGAGAUCCACCAAGGCAAGGACAAUGCCUUGGUGCGUUUGUCCCCUCUCAAUGCAGUAGGGGUGCUGGAUUGGCCGUUCUGGACCAAGCUCAUCGUGGUGGCGGUUGGCUUUGCUGGAGGACUUAUCUUCAUGUACAUUCAGUGCAAAGUCUACCUGCAGCUUUGGAGGAGGCUGAAGGCUUUCAACAGGAUCAUCUUUGUACAGAACUGCCCCGAUACCAUCCGCAACGGAGAGAACAGGCCGCCCCCAGUCACCCAGAGCAACGGCACGCACGGGACACCGGAGGCUUCCGCUCCUCAGACACAAACAAACACAGGAGUGGAAAUGGCCCCUGUUUGACGAUGGAUGCUUGCUACUCUGAAUCUCAGUAGUUGAAAAGUUUAGGAAAGGGCUUCUGGUGUAUUUGACAGAAUUGAUGUGAUUUACAUAAAACAAAGGCACUUUUUAAUUUUUAUUAGCGGGUGGGUAAACUUAUGUAAAAAGUUCAUAUAGGGCGGUCAAAUUAUAACAUUAAAGGAAUUAAAGGAAUGGCUCAAUGACAAAAUCUUUAUUUUGGGAUAAACCAUUCUUUUAGUUGUGAGCAAUUUGCUAUAUACAAAACAUUAUCACAUUUGAUCCAUUCUUAAAUAGUGUAAUAAGGUAUUUCCCUAUUAUCUGAGCCAUUUAAGCUUUAACAACCUUCAAUCAUUAAGUCGAUUAAAAAGGCAAGACACUAUAAUCAAAAAAAUUUUUCAAGCACUGGUCAAUGCUGAGAUUUUGACCAAUUUGGCUUUCCAUAAUGUUUCAGUAUAGUGUGACGACAGAAAUACACAUUUCAGUGUUUCUUGCACUUUCAAUUACAAAACAUAUCUUUCAAGGCCUUUUUUCAAAGAGUUUUUUAUGAGUUACUACAGGUUUGUUCAUGUAUUAGUUGCCUGUAUUUAUACAAUAAUUUACUCCUAAAAACAUGGUUAAAAACAUUAUUUUUCUGACUGUUGACAGUGUUUUCUGAUUUAUUAAGUGAUAAACAGAGAUGUUCAGAAUCCCCCCAGUAAUCUUUGACUGUGUCAACAAAAUGAAACAAGAAUUUUGAUCCUGGUUUUAGCUAAUGUUUGGAUUUCUAUUCUGUAUAUUAGUGCAUAUUUAGUUACAUUUGUAUUUUCAAACAUAACAUUUCAGAAAACUUAUUACAAAACAGAUUUUUUUUUUUUAUGUAAACAAUCAACGAGAAGUUUGGUGAUAUCUAAAAGAUUAGCAAAAAUUUCCAUUUAGUCACUCUCGGGUUAUUCAAGAUGUAGAUUAAUUUGUUUCAUCUCAUUACAUCUCUUGCUCUGCAGUGAAUGGGUGCUGUCUGAAUGAGAGUCCAAACAGCUGAUAAAUUUCUGUUUUGAUGAAGAAAUGAACUCAUCUACAUCUCAGAUAGCCUGAUAAUGAGUAGCUUUUCAGCAAAUUUGUAUUUUGGGAAGAACUAAUCCUUUAAUUGUGUUAUCCUUUUCACCUGGGGUGUCUUGCCUUAAUCAACUGGCAGCCCUGUUCUAAAGCCUACAUACCAUAUAUUACUGGUUAGAUCUAAGCAAAAUAAGGUUUAAAAAUUUUUUUACAACUAGUUCUGAGGUGGUUUAGGUGUUCUCUCCUACUUCAUAGAUUAGUAAAAUCUCAGUGACAUCUGAAUGUGACAGGAGACCAGGGGUGAACACGGCAGUUACAGCAGUGAUUAUUCAAGCUGUCUUUUCCUCAAUCUCUUAAACUCUUGGAUCAAGUAAAGAUGAGGAGAGUCACCUUACAAAUGAAUAGAAUUAAUUAGAUUAUCCCCCGGUUUUGCAGACAAGGUUUAAGCCUAAUUCCAACUAAAAUCUAAAUCUGAGCUCUUUCAACUGAAAGAAACUUGCUUCGACUUCUCUUAAAAUAUAUCAAUGCCUUUAUUUUGUCUGAAAAUGCACACCUGUAAUGGUUUUCUUUUCUUUUUUUUUUUCUUUUUUUUUAGAAGGCACGUUUAUAAGAAUUAGAAUUAAAUGUCCUAAUUGAACUAUGGCCCAAUCCUGACUUAGUCUAAGCCUUGUCUCUGAAACCAGGCCUGAAAGUCUUCAAGGAAACCAAAGAGACCGGUGUUACAAAUUAGGAAUCAGACAAGCACUGGUAAAUAGCUUGUAUUCUUUAAUCAUGUUAACAUCAUUCAUUUUGUAUGAAGCCCCGCACAUGACAUACAGGAAAAAAUAGUAGGCUAAAUCGUAUAUAUAUAUAUAUAUAUAUAUAUAUAUAUAUAUUUUAACACGAGUCAACAUCUGAAAUGGAUCAAAAACUUUCAUCAAAGUUGUCCUAAAACCUAAAUGUGUUCUUGUUUUAGAAAAACUUUGAUCAACUUGCUUGAUCCACUUCAAAUGCUGAAGUCUGUAAUUUAAAGUAAUUAGAAUAUCAUCAAAAAGCUGAUUUUAUUUCACCAUACAAAAAGUGAAACUUGUAUAUUAUAUUCAUUCAUUACACACAGACUGAUGUGAAAUGUUUAUUUCUUUUCAUUUUGAAGAUUAUAACUGACAACUAAGGAAAAUCCCAAAUUCAGUAUCUCAGAAAAUCAAAAUAUUACAUAAGACCAAUACAAAGAAAGGAUUUUUUUAAAUCUUGGCCAACUGAAAAGUAUGAACAUGAAAAGUGUGAGCAUGUACAGCAGUCAAUACUUCGUUGAGGCUCCUUUUGCCUGAAUUACUGCAACAAUGCGGCGUGGCAUGGAGUCGAUCAGUCUGUGGCAUUGCUCAGGUGUGAUGAGAGCCCAGGUUGCUCUGAUAGUGGCCUUCAGCUCUUCUGCAUUGUUGGGUCUGAUAUUUCGCAUCUUCUUUGUUAUGGUCAGGUGAGUUUGCUGGCCAAUUAAGAACAGGGAUACCAUGUACACCUGGUAGCUUUGGCACUAUGUGCAGGUGCCAAGUCCUGUUAGAAAAUGAAAUUUGCAUCUCCAUAAAGUUUAUCAGCACCAGAAAGCAUGAAGAGCUUUAAAACUUCCUGGUGUACGGCUGCGUUGACCUUGGACCUCAGAAAGCGCAGUGGACCAACACCAGCAGAUGACAUGGCACCGCAAACGAUCACUGACUGUGGAAACUGGACCCCAAGCAACGUGGAUUGUGUGCCUCUCAUCUCUUCCUCCAGAUUUUUGUCUUUUGCCCAGGCGAGACACUUCUGAUUCUAUCUGUUGUUCAAGAGUGGCUUGACACAAGGAAUGCGACAACAGAAACCCAUGUCUUGCAUACAUCUGUGUGUAGUGGUUCUUGAAGCACUGACUCCAGCUGCAGUCCACUCUUUGUAAAUCUCCCCCACAUUUUUGAAUGGGUUUUGUUUCACUAUCCUCUCCAGGGUGCAGUUUUUUUUCUUCUACCACAUCUUUUCUUUCCCUUCGCCUCUCUAUUAAUGUGCUUGGACACAGAGCUCUGUGAACAGCCAGCCUCUUUUGCAAUGACCUUUUGUGUCUUGCCCUCCUUGUGCAAGGUGUCAAUGGUCGUCUUUUGGACAACUGUAAAGUUAGCAGUCUUCUCAAUGAUUGAGUAGCCUACAGAACUAGACUGAGAGGCCUUUGCAGGUGUUUUGAGUUAAGAAGCUGAUUAGAGUGUGGCACCAGGUGUCUUCAAUAUUGAAUCUUUUCACAAUAUUCAAAUUUUCUGAGAUAUUGAAGUUGGGAUUUUCCUUAGUUGUCAGUUAUAAUCAUCAAAAUUAAAAGAAAUAAACAUUUGAAAUAUAUCAGUCCGUGUGUAAUGAAUGAAUAUAAUAUACAAGUUUUACUUUUUGAAUGGAAUUAUUGAAAUCUACUUUUUGAUGAUAUUCUAGUUAUAUGACCAACACCUAUAUAUAUUUAAGUAUUCAGCUGAUACAAGCAAUAAAAUGACGAUGAUAUGAGACAAACAUUCCUGGGUUACACUUUAUUUAUAGGUGUUAAUUAUCAAUACAUCAGUAAUUUACUGUUAUUUCUAUAGUAAGUACAUGUAACAAGGACAAUGUAAAAUAAAGUGUUACCCAUUCUGGUUGUAUCUGACUUGUUAAAAAAAAUAUCUCACACACAAUAACCCUUUGGUAUAUUUAUCUAUUUAAAAGAAAUGAUUAGAUAACGAUGGUUACCAGGAUUUGUUUUCCUCCAUGCUUUAUGGCAUGAAGAACUGGAAUUUUUAUUUUUAUUUUCUUUAAAAAAAACUUCUGCAGCUUUUAAGGAUGUAUGUUUUGGCUGGUUUAUGGAGAAUAGUGUUUAUUUCUAAAACAGAGAUUUGUGUAUUUGAAGGUUUGGAGUUGAUCAGGUUUUGCUGAGUUGUAAUCAGAAAGAAACCAUCUAAUUUUACUUUUUUUUUUUUUUUUUUUGUAUUGUGAUUUUCUGCAGUGACUUCAUAUCUUGAUGUGUGAAAAUGAUAAUAAUAAACAAAAUGCCCAUAGGGCCAUGUCAGGAUCAAGUGAGAUUUGGUGAUCAACAUCAGUGUUCACAAUUCAAAUGCACAUUCUCAAAGAAACAUGCACAAAUCAGUCAAUGCAAUAAACCAGUGAAUGUAUCAAA